AGACUUUGUUAGAUCAAAAUUUUGUACUAGCUGCUGAUUAUGAAUAUGAUAUCAUCAUCAUGAGAAUAUUAUUAGAACAAAAACUUUUUGGUAGCUAUGAAUUUGAUAUUAUUAGUCAGACAGUAAAGACUUGCAAUAGAGAACAUCAGGCAGAAAUUCAUCUGAUUGAUCAAUUAUAA